CCGCUAAACUCAGCUCCAACAAACAGCCUUGCUGCAGUGAGCAUCAGCUCUUCCACCUGCAUGCGACAAUCAUCCCUGCAUGCCACAGGUUGGACUUUAAACUCUGAGAGUACAACUUCCACUCCAAUCGGCGCAAACGUAGACAAAACCUCUACAAAAGGAGGAAUAAUACAUAUCCAACAGCCUGUGAAUCAUCUCGUUCACGCGCUGAAACACAGCCCGCCAUGUCAAUUCCAGGCCUCGGUCAGAUAGCUCCACAGGCUCCCACAUCUACCCAGCGAACCAUCAACCUCCGACCGUUCGGCGAAUGGCGCUUCUCGAUCCCCCACCAACACAGUACCUUCUCAUCGAACUCCUCCGCCGCCGGAGUCACCGUCCGCCUCGUAGCCGGCACCGCUGAGCGCGAUGGCACCGAACUCGCCCCCAACUGCGUGUACACAUUCCUCCCCGGCACCAAAUCGAAGCUCUUCACAGACCAAGGAUGUACCCUCGAGAUCAACAACACGGGCGGCUACCCCCUCGAGGACCGCGUGGUCGAAUACCCGAGCCCGGAACAGUCGCCCAUGCUUAGCUACCUAAACCUCCACUUCGGCUUACAAGACCACGAGCGCGCCGCGGCCGCGCAUGCACAACUACACCCAACACACCACCUUCAACAACAACAACAACAACAAGGGAGAGGAGCAGGAGCAGGAGCGACAAGGCCAAAACCGGGACCAAGAGUGCUAGUCUGCGGUCCCCGCUGCGUCGGCAAGACCUCUUUGGUCAAGCUCCUCGCCGCCCUCGCCACGCGCAUGGGCUCCCAGCCGCUGGUGGCCAACCUGAACCCGACCGACGGGCUGCUGUGUCUUCCCGGAACGCUGGGCGCGGCGGUGUUCGGCACGCUGAUGGACGUGGAGGAGCCGGCGGGCGGGUUUGGCGUGACGAACACGCCGAUUAGCGGGCCGAGCGCGGUGCCGGUCAAGAACCCGCUUACCUUUUACUUUGGACGCGAGAAGGUGGAGGACGACGUGGACAUGUGGAGGCAGAUGACGGAGCGGCUGGCGGUGUUGGUCAAGCGCAAGUUUGAGAGGAAUCGGGAUGUGAGGGUGGCGGGGUUGUUGGUUGAUACGGCGCCGGUGGAGGCGGGGGAUAAGGAGGGGCAGGAGCUGUUGGGGUGGGCGGUUAGGCAGUUUGAUGCCAACUACGUCGUUGUGCUCGGCUCCGAACAGUUAAAGACAGAACUUGGGCAGCAGUUUGCAAGCGAAAAGACGAGCUUUGGAGAGCCGAUCACCGUCCUCGGAUUAGACAAGUCGGAUGGCGCUGUGCAGAUAGACAAGGGGUGGAGGCAGAAGUCGACAGAGACGGCGAUUAAGGAGUACUUCUUUGGUGGCAUCAAGGCGCGACUGAGCCCCUUUACACAAUCGGCCAGUUUCGACGAGCUGGUCGUUUUCAAGGCGCCCGAAGAACCCUACGAAGGCGCACCAGUCCUCGAGCGAGUCGAAAUCACCCCCGAAAUGGCCCACUGGACGCUAGCAGUCAUGAUCGCAUCCGUGACCGACUCGCCGCAGGCGAUCCGUUUCUCCUCGGUCCUGGGCUUCAUCGUCAUCGCCGACGUGGACCAGGAGCGCAGGCGGGUCAAGUUCCUGUCGCCGGUCAGCGGUCGGCUGGGUAACCACCCGCUGAUCUGGGGACGCUGGCCGGAACCGUAUCUCAACUUGCUGGCGUAGGCUCGCCAGAACGUGAUGUGGGUGCGAAUGGAAGAUGGUGGUCAGCGGAUGAGCCUGCAAGAGAGAAACGAGCUUGUGGCCUGUUUAAGGGCGUGGCAGGAAUUGGCGGGUACGGCUAGCGUUUGUUUGGGUUUUGAGAUGGGAUAUGGUGAAAAUGGCAUAUAAAAGGUGUUUUGUUGUUGUUGCUUUUGGGUGUCAUUACCUAGCAUGAGAGUCAGCGGGAAUGGUGAUUCAUUUGGUACUUUCUUAUCCUUUUCGUUGCGGUCUUCGUUAUGCGUGGUGAUUAUUAUUUCAGUGGUCCUUAUUGGAAUACGCGAAAAGCAUCAGUCAGUUGUAGGUAUUUUGCAACACUCCUACGCCGCAUUAUUCAUUCCUAUUUUGCAUGGACGUAUGUAUGUGUUUCAUGGUUAGGAACCUGGUUUGAAAUCCCAAUAACACCUUUUUGUUGGCCGUUUUUAGUAGCAAACGAUCGGUUCUUAAACCUUGUCGGAAGGCAAU